ACCUCAAUUUCUUAGCCAAUCGGCCAAUCCGUCUUUCCCGCCUAGAUAAAACGAUAAAACCGACAAGGAGACCUGUCGUUUAAGGGGUGUCGUAUUUUUUGACUGCUAACAUCUUGGCGUGCACACUGGCUACUCAACCCCCCUCGGUGGAUUCAACCGAGCCAUGUCGAACAAAAAGAAAGCUAGCGCGGAGGAAAAGAGCGAGUCCGAGCAGGAGGAGUACGUGGUGGAGAAGAUCCUCGACAAGAGGGUCAACAAAGGGCGCGUCGAAUACUUCCUCAAGUGGAAAGGCUACUCCGACUCCGAGAACACCUGGGAACCCGAGCAGAACCUUGGCUGUCCGGAGCUCAUUGAGGAGUUUGAGGAGAAGCUCAAGAAGAGCAUCGUAAAAGAGGAGAAGCCGGCCAAGGAGACUGCCAAGCGGGCAUCCAAAUCCAACGGCACGGAAGAAGGGUCAAAACGAAAGCGAAAGCCUGCACCAGAGAAAGAGCAGGAUGACAGGCCGCGAGGGUUUGAUCGGGGUCUCGAGCCAGAGCGCAUCAUCGGCGCAACGGAUACUAGCGGAGAGCUCAUGUUCCUCAUGAAGUGGAAAGACAGCGACGAGGCAGAUUUAGUGCCAUCUCGCGUAGCCAACGUCAACUGCCCCCAGGUGGUGAUAAAGUUUUACGAAGAGCGGUUGACGUGGCAGUCCGCGCCGCCCACCACCAACGAAGAAGAGCCGCUCGUAGCCUGACUCUGCGUCUAUCAGUCUGGCAACCAGUCAAGUUUUGUUGUAUCAUUUCUCUACCAUAUCAUUGCUUCAUCAAACCAUCACGUCACGACAAAUCUCCGUGUAGCCUUUGGUGCCCGCUUUUAGUUCCCUGGUUCGAGAGUAAAGUCCGCACCGAUCGUGUGUUCCUCCCCUUUUUAAAAAAAAUGAAGCUUGCCCACACAUGUCUGGAACACAGUAGGUGAGGGAGGCGUACUGUUCUAUGGCAGAAAAUUUCACUUACUACUGAGUUGGCAACCUUGCGGGAAUGCAGGGCAGACAUCCUGCGUGGUUUGCUUUCAUGAUGUUUUGUAUUUGAGAUGCAGCUUUUAUGAACUACGAGAAAAGAAGAGAAAAAAAAUAAAGUUUUGCUGCUUGUAA